AUGGAAAACCAGCUGUGGCAGGCCAGCCUGGGGUGCUGCAAUCACCACCAAGAAAGCCCCCAGGAUGCUGAGGACAUCCUAUUCCUGCUGCUGGGACUGAUUAUUCUUGUCAACAUCAGCAUCAAUGUGACAACCGUGAUGUGGCACGGGCUGCAGAGUGCCUUAGACAAGAUCAUCUGCUGGAUGAAUUGGAAAACAGAUGAAAUCCAGACUCCCGAAUGUCCCCCCAAAGAGCCCCCAUCCAACAUCCAGGAUGUCCACAUCCACUGUGUCCUGGAUCCUGUACAGGUGAAGAUGGCGCAACCCACACACUGUUCCUCUUCCUCUUUCCACCACCUCCGUAAGCGCUCCAGCCACAGGCGCAGCCGCAGGCGCUACCAGCGCCGUGGCCUCCAACAGGCCCGCCGCAGCAACCACCAGCAGGUCUGCCACAGCCUCCACCAACAGGGCCACCACAGCCACCAGCAGCGACUUCGGAACAGCAGGCAACUCUCCUAUGGCUGCCCACCCUUUCGUAGACAGCCUCGAAGCCACAAGGUGUCAUUGAUGAAGCCGGUGCCCUUUUUUGACCUGGAAGACCGGGAUUCCCUUCCCGAGAAUGACCAGUCCUGCCCGCACCCCAAGUAUCCCCAUAGGGGCUGGGGCGGUUUUUAUAAGCCAAUAGGUCUGUCCUCCAACGUAGGAUUGUGGGGCCGCCAGGGUGGAAUCCUUGCCAGCCUCCCACUACCUUCCCUCUACCUGUCACCGGAGCUGCGCCGCUUGCCCAAGCGAGUAGAAGCCAAGUCAGAACUGAGGCUCCAGGCCUUCGGUCCCCAUUACUCACAGUCCCGGGUUUGGGGUAACACGGACGUUGAACAGUGCGCCUCAUCACCACCGCCUCCCCGCCGGCUGCUUCCUAACUCCUCCUGGGCCACUGUGGGCUACAGCCCUUUCUCUUCGGGGGGUCACACACUGCACGACGCCUGGGAUCCGCGGAGGCGCGGGGCGGAUGGCUCGGAGCCACCGCUCGCCUUUGUGUCCAGGAACCCCAGGCCAGAGGUCCAAGGCUACCGGGAGCACAACUCCCCACAGGCCCACCGGCAGAGCCUCCCUGGCUAUACCCACAGCCAACCCGACCACACCCCACCCCCAUCCGUGGCGCACGUGGGUUACAGCUCCCGGGGACCUCAAGACCGCAGGCGGGCAGCCGACUGGACUGAGGUUUUCCCCUCCCGGCAUCCUCUGAUCACCUCUACCUCCCUCACAGCCUUGGGUGAGGCCUCGUACCAAAGGGCCCCAGCUGCCGGCUCCGGCCUGAUGGGGCCUCACUCCUCCCAGCCCCUGCCUGAAGUCCAGGCUUCCGACCCGGCCCCACCUCCAACCACCUUCGUGCCGCUCAGUCGGAAUCCCGGUGGCAAUGCCACCUACCAGGUGUAUGACAGCGUGGAGCUAAAGAGGCAGGUGCUGGAGAGCCGAGGGCGGGCCAGCUCACUGCCACCCCCUACCACCUCACCUUCAAAGCCCUCUCUGCCUAGGAGCCGCACAGGGAAACUCACCUGA